AUGAUAUUCAUUAGAAGAUCAUUGUUUUCAGCAUUAACUUUGGUUGGUAUUAUUGGGGUGAUUUAUUUCAUGAGUAAUUCCUCAAACACGAUUGAAACUUCCAUAAAUAAUAUUUCCUCAUUGACAAAAGAUGAUCUUUUACCAAAAUUCAACCAGCAGCCUCAACAGCAGCAACAGCAACUUUCUCAACCAGCACCGAAUAAACCAUUAGAAGAAAUUGAUACCGAUGAAUCAGUAGAACAAGAACCACCAAAAGGAAAAGAAAGUGAUAAUGUACUUCAGAAUAAGGAAAAGUUCACUGAUAUACCAUUCAUGCCAAAAAUGGCUAAUGAAACAUUGAAAGCUCAAUUAGGUAAUGCAUCAUGGAAAUUAUUCCAUACCAUUUUAGCAAGAUAUCCUGAUGAACCAACAGAUCAAGAACGUAGUACUUUAGAAAAUUAUAUUUAUUUAUUUGCUCAAGUUUAUCCUUGUGGAGAUUGUGCUAGACAUUUCACUAAAUUAUUAGCUAAAUAUCCCCCACAAACGAAAAAUCGGAAAACUGCCGCAUUAUGGGGAUGUUAUGUUCAUAAUAUUGUUAAUGAAAAAUUACAUAAACCAGAAUAUGAUUGUACAACAAUUUUAGAAGAUUAUGAUUGUGGAUGUGGUGAUGAUGAAAAGGAAAAAGAUUAUACUUUGAAAGGAGAAUCAAUGGAUCAUUUAAGACAAAUCAAAAUUGAUUCCAAAAAAGAUAAACAAAGAGGUGGAUAA